AUCGGUGGACUGUACACCGUUAGCAUCCUGCUCAACCUGUGUGCCUAGGUGGGGAAAUUAUCAGGACUGUGGAGCCUACACCACUUGAAUUGGUGAAGUGUGUGCGAAUAACUGAUAUUUCCCCAUGUCCCCUCUUCAAACACGGCCCGUCACAUAUUUUUCCGUCCGUUAGCAGACUACUUUAGAUUCCCGUAUAGUCGAAUGACGAAAUAUCCGUCCUAGAACGUUGAACCGAUCUGUCAAGGAGUCUGUCAGAAUGACCAGACAUGUUGUUUGAGCGACACGCAAGACACAGAACCAUAAUGUUUAUAGAUCUUGCUUAGUAUGUGGUCCCGGCAAUACCAAGCAGCAUGGAGCUUUGGGUGCGCUGACUGUAUCCCCUUUCCUUUGAGCCACUGGCGGUUCGGUUCAUCUUAGGGCGGUCCCAUCGAUUACACAGCUUGACGCCCACGCAAGACCGCAAUACGUCCCAGCGGUCCGCGUCUCCUCUUCCGUGGAAUAAUAUGACUCGCGGUGCGGGGGGUCUGUUAGACGGUGGAUUUGUCUUCAAGCUCGGCCGAUUAUUCAAAAUCCCAUACGGUGGAGAGGGAGUGGACUUCAUGGACCAACUCAACUACCAAUUCACCGGCGGCUUGAUGAUUAUAUUCAUAGCCAUUAUCAGCUUGCGCCAAUACGUAGGAAAGCCGAUUCAAUGUUGGGUGCCACAGGAGUUCACCAAAUCCUGGGAGGAAUAUGCGGAGAAUCUGUGCUGGGUUUCCAAUACCUAUUUUCUUCUGCCAAAUGAAGAAAUCCCCACCGAUCAGGUUGAUUAUGAGAAAAUCAAAUUUAUCGGAUAUUAUCAGUGGGUCGCCAUUGUACUCGCCGGUCAAGCCAUGAUGUCUUGGGUACCACAUCUGCUGUGGCGAGUAGGAUCUCGUCGACUUCCCUUAUUGCUCAAAUCCGCUCGAGAAGCUGCCAUACCUGAUCGUGAGCUGCGGUUGAAAGCAGUCUCAUGUCUCGUGGCAACUCUUGAGGAACAAGCAGAGUCUCAGUCUCGGUUUAGACGCAUCAAAUCUCUGGUACAUCGGUGCCUGUGUGGUGUCCCACCAAACGCUCGAUUGACCAUGCUCUUUCUCUUUGUUCGUGUCUUGUUUGUUGCCAAUUCCGUCGGACAAAUUUACAUGAUGAAACGUUUCACUGGAUUUAACAGCACUAUUUUUGGCCUAAAAUUACUACAAGAUCUGACCACUGGAGUGGAAUGGGAACGAACCGGUCACUUCCCUCGGGUCACAUACUGUACCAUCAGGGUACGGAAGAUGGGUCAAACGAAACCCGCCAGCUACACACUACAAUGCGUGCUGCCAAUCAACAAUUUCACCGAAAAGAUCUACGUCUUCCUUUGGUUUUGGUUCGCUAUCUUAGGUGUCCUAACCACAUUGAAUACCUUGCAAUGGGCUCUGAAUACUGCAUUGCCUAUGCGCCGAGUGCAUUACAUCAAACAGUAUCUCAAAGCUCUCCGCUUGAUUUCGAGUACGGAGGAGAGAGAUUGUGCCCGAUUUGUGAACAACACAUUAGGCGCAGAUGGAGUGUUCAUCUUGCACGUGGUGUCCAAAAUUGCCAGUGACCUAAUCGCACUAGAUGUAACAGCAACUUUGUGGAGAAACUACCGUCAGGCUAAGAUUACUGGUACCGAGGAGGACGUAAACCGUCUGCUAGAGACUGUAAACCGCGGAUCUUCAGUGGUCUGACAGCGGAUUAGGCGUCGGUUUACGUCCAGUUUUUGAUUCAGAAUUCCUCCUUCAAUAGUCUUUGUACGAAACUAUGUGGACCAGUACCGGCGCCCAGCCGACGGACCAAUCAGUGCAAAUGUUAUCAGUCUACAUGCGUCAGUUAUUCAACUAAUGUUUUUAACUAACGACUACCCCGCUUCCCAUUUAUCUUUCUGCCCCAACAUUCAGGCACACGAAUAUUUAACUUGUGUCCGCUUUUCGUGCCCAUAUAUCAGUCUUUCUGACACACAAUUUCCAGAGGAGCGUUUAUCAAUUUUCCGAUACAUUCAGCAAGUCGUCAUUGGUA